GUGUGACUGUGUCUCUGGCGGUGUCAAUGGCUCCUCCUGCCGCGGACAGACGGGGCUUACGGGAGGGGAUCUUUUCGGGGCUCCUGUGAGAGCUCCAGGCACCGGCUAAAGGGAGGGGGGACUCCCAGGAAAAGCAACACAAAGGAAGGUUAAGGAGGAGAGUACGGUCCGGCAGUACCCACGCACCUUCGAACCGCUUGGCACCCGACACGGGCGGACGGACGGACAGGGCGAGCCCAGCUCUGCGAGCAGCCAGGAGCCCGGUCUGCGGCCUUCCCCCCUCGACAGUCAGCAAAUGAACUCGGUCAGAGCAGCGAACAGGAGACCCAGGCGAGUGUCGAGGCCGCGCCCGGUGCAGCCGGAGAGAAACAACGCCGGGGAGCGGGAUGAAGUGCCUGCAGACAUGGUUGCAGAAGAAUCAGGUCCUGGUGCACAGAAUAGCCCAUAUCAACUUCGCAGGAAAACUCUUGUCCCCAAAAGAACCGCUUGCCCCACAAAGAACAGUAUGGAGGGUGCAUCCACCUCAGCAACUGAAAACUUUGGUCAUAGAGCAAAACGUGCUAGAGUAUCUGGGAAAUCCCAAGAUCUGCCCGCAGCACCUGCAGAACAGUAUCUUCAAGAAAAACUACCAGAUGAGGUCAUUCUAAAGAUCUUCUCUUACCUGUUGGAGCAGGACCUCUGUAGAGCAGCAUGUGUGUGCAAGCGUUUCAGUGAGCUUGCAAAUGAUCCUAUUUUGUGGAAACGACUGUACAUGGAAGUCUUUGAAUAUACACGUCCAAUGAUGCACCCCGAACCUGGAAAAUUUUAUCAGAUUAACCCUGAAGAAUAUGAGCAUCCUAAUCCUUGGAAAGAAAGCUUCCAGCAGUUGUACAAAGGAGCGCAUGUUAAGCCAGGAUUUGCGGAACAUUUUUACAGUAAUCCCACAAGAUACAAAGGAAGGGAGAAUAUGUUGUACUAUGAUACAAUUGAAGAUGCCCUGGGUGGAGUUCAAGAAGCACAUUUUGAUGGGCUAAUCUUUGUACAUUCUGGCAUCUAUACCGAUGAAUGGAUCUACAUAGAGUCCCCAAUAACUAUGAUCGGUGCAGCGCCAGGAAAAGUUGCAGACAAAGUGAUCAUAGAAAACACUAGAGACUCCACGUUUGUUUUUAUGGAGGGUUCAGAAGAUGCCUAUGUUGGCUACAUGACAAUCAGGUUUAACCCUGAUGAUAAAUCAGCCCAGCACCAUAACGCCCAUCACUGCUUAGAGAUCACAGUGAACUGCAGCCCAGUCAUUGAUCACUGUAUCAUUCGAAGUACUUGCACAGUCGGUUCUGCUGUUUGCGUCAGCGGUCAGGGGGCUUGUCCGACCAUCAAACACUGCAACAUUAGUGACUGUGAAAAUGUUGGACUCUACAUUACAGAUCACGCACAGGGGAUUUAUGAAGACAACGAAAUAUCAAAUAAUGCUCUAGCUGGCAUAUGGGUCAAAAAUCACGGAAACCCUAUUAUUAGGAGAAAUCACAUACAUCACGGACGUGAUGUCGGUGUUUUCACAUUUGACCAUGGCAUGGGUUACUUUGAAAGCUGCAACAUACACAGAAAUAGAAUAGCAGGAUUUGAAGUAAAAGCCUAUGCCAACCCCACCGUGGUAAGAUGCGAAAUCCACCAUGGCCAGACAGGUGGCAUCUACGUCCACGAAAAAGGAAGAGGCCAGUUCUUGGAAAACAAAAUCUAUGCAAACAAUUUUGCGGGUGUAUGGAUUACCUCAAACAGUGACCCAACCAUUAGGGGAAAUGCAAUUUUUAAUGGAAAUCAAGGAGGAGUGUAUAUCUUUGGUGACGGAAGAGGCCUUAUAGAAGAAAAUGACAUCUAUGGUAAUGCAUUAGCAGGUAUACAAAUACGGACUAACAGCUGCCCUAUAGUCAGACACAACAAGAUUCAUGAUGGCCAGCAUGGUGGAAUCUACGUGCAUGAAAAGGGACAGGGUGUAAUCGAAGAAAACGAGGUGUACAGUAAUACCUUGGCUGGUGUGUGGGUGACCACGGGAAGCACCCCAGUGCUACGGAGGAACCGAAUACACAGUGGGAAGCAGGUUGGAGUGUACUUCUACGACAAUGGCCAUGGAAUAUUGGAAGAUAAUGACAUCUAUAAUCAUAUGUACUCUGGGGUUCAAAUACGAACUGGAAGCAACCCUAAGAUUAGACGCAAUAAAAUCUGGGGAGGGCAGAAUGGUGGAAUACUUGUUUAUAAUUCUGGGCUUGGAUUUAUAGAAGACAAUGAAAUAUUUGAUAACGCGAUGGCUGGAGUGUGGAUAAAAACAGACAGCAACCCAACGUUACGAAGAAACAAAAUUCAUGAUGGGAGAGAUGGUGGCAUCUGCAUAUUUAAUGGAGGCAGAGGAGUGCUUGAAGAGAAUGACAUCUUCAGGAACGCACAGGCCGGUGUACUCAUCAGCACCAACAGCCACCCCAUUUUGCGGAAAAACAGGAUAUUUGACGGGUUUGCAGCAGGCAUUGAGAUCACCAAUCAUGCAACUGCAACGCUCGAAGGCAAUCAGAUUUUCAACAAUCGCUUUGGAGGACUGUUUCUGGCUUCUGGUGUUAACGUCACUAUGAAAGAUAAUAAAAUAAUGAACAAUCAAGAUGCCAUAGAAAAAGCUGUCAAUAGAGGCCAGUGUCUAUAUAAGAUAUCAAGUUAUACCAGCUAUCCAAUGCAUGACUUCUACAGAUGUCACACCUGCAAUACCACAGACCGCAACGCCAUCUGUGUGAACUGUAUUAAGAAGUGUCACCAAGGACAUGAUGUAGAGUUCAUUAGACAUGAUAGGUUUUUCUGUGAUUGUGGUGCCGGAACACUGUCUAAUCCCUGUACAUUAGCUGGAGAACCUACACAUGACACAGAUACUUUAUAUGACUCUGCUCCACCUAUAGAAUCUAAUACUUUGCAACACAACUGAACUCAUUUUAUGAAGGGGAAGUCCUGCCAUUCUAACCUAUUGGAAAACAAACCCACUUUUCUUUCGGAAAAGGAGAGAAAAUUUGCCCAUUUCUGAAGACUGAGAUGUUUAUAUGAUCAAACGCAAACCUGCCAAAAAAUAUAUAUAUUAUAUGUAUAAAGGAAAUACAGAUGGACGAGGCAAUAUAUUGACUCAGGAUUAAAAGGAGGAACUGGGCAUUUUUAGCAUUACUCUGACAGACUUUUGGAAGGACAGAAGUGAAGAAAAUAAGAUGCGGAUUUGUAGACGGCAGCCUGCGCGCUGCUGUUUUUACAAGUACGAGGGAAAGGCAGUCCAUUUGCAGUAGUACUAUUUAGUAGACCGGCACCAGGUGGUGUUUGCUGCCCUCAUGGACAUGGGUACCAAUUGCUUUUGUAACAUGGUAAAAAUGUGAGCUAGCACUUCUGCAUUUUUGAUUUUUUUUUUUUUUAACAUGUAUUCUGAUUGAGAUAUUUUAAUGCUUUACUCAUGUAGGUUUUUUUUUUUUUAUUUCAAGCAAACUUAUUGUACUUGAAUGUGUCCUGUUUUGUUAGCACACCAUAGAAUUGCUGUAAACUGUACUCAUGUCCCAGUAUCUACGUUCUUUCUAUGAAAGAGAAAAACACUAAUCUUAAUCCAGCAAUUUUUCUGGUAUCCUUUUGAAAAGUUAGAAUGUUGUCUCCUUUCCUCUCGCACCCCCUGCAACCGUCUUCAUUUCCAUUAACACCACAGACCGUUGGCCAUAGGAGACAUCGGAGAGAUGCACUGAAGCUGGGUGCGGAUACUUCCAUCGCUCCCCUUGGGAACUGGCGGGUGUUGACUUUGGUUUAAAGUUUACUGUAAAGUGUCUGAAUGAUUCUGUAUAUUACUGUUCACUUUAUUUUGAACAGCCUGGAACAUGUACACAACUGCUGGAAAUGGAAGAUUUCCUGCUUUUAUGAAGCUGAGACAACAUAUACAGCCCUACAGUUUCAUAACUUUUUUUUUUGUUUUGUUUCUCCCCAUUUAUAUGUAUUGGUGACAGUGGAUAAUCAAACAGCCUGAAAGUGUAUGCAUGUAUCAUAACAUCUAGACUUAAUAUAUUGUGGAGUAUUCAAUAACCAUUAUGUAGAGGGUAGAUAUGAAUUAAAAAGGGGUUUAAUUUCCUAGGAAAGAAAAAAAAAAUGGAAAUAUGGUCAUUUUUAAAGAAUAAAGUUUAUUAGAUCAUAAUGUGUGAAAACCAGCCUUGUGAAUAAACACCAAGAAAA